AUGCCGUCAGUAGCUGGAAAAGAAACGCAUAAAGAAGCUACACCAACAAUUGAAAAUGCAUUUACUACUGAGGAAGUUGGCGCAAGGAGCGCUCAGGAGACACAUAGUAUCCUGAGAUAUCAUCUAUACUGUAUUGAAAAUUCACAGCCCAUGGAAUAUGCUGAUCCGGGGACAACAUCGCAGACUAAAUGCAAACUUUCUUCCUAUUUGUUUUCAGCAUUUAAGUCUCCGAUUCACCUGAGUAGCAGCUUAUCCAAGAAGGCUAAACAAAUUCUGUUCAAACCCUCGUGCCAAAGGAGAGAAGAGGAAAUAAAGGUUAUCUUCGGCAUUGUGGAUAAGCUAAAAUGUUUCAGUCGUUACACACCACUCAUCAAACGCGAGAUCGCAAAAGUUGUAUAUUUUCAACAGUUUGAGGAUGGAAGAGUGAUCGUCAAACAAGGCCAACCAGGAAGGUCCAUGUAUUUCAUCUUGAGGGGAACUGUAUUUGUUCAAGUGGCAGAGACAGAUAAAAUCACAGGACUCCGCAUGAAACAGAUCGUGGGAGAGAUGUUCGCUGGAGACUCGUUUGGAGAGCUGGCACUGCUACACGACAUAACAAGGGCAGCGACCGUCAUAUGCAAAGGGACGGUUGAGUUCCUGACGAUAGACAAACCAGAUUUUGAUAUGGUUUUAAAAAGGAGUUAUCAGCAGGAAUGGGAGACUAAGAUGUCUUUGUUGACAUCUUCGCCAUGCUUUAAAGAUCGUUCGCCCAAAGAGUUGCAACAAGCGAAUUCUGCAGCUAAACUAGUGGAGUACCCUGCAAAUACGGUGAUUCUUCGAGACGCAGGAAACCCAGGGGAAUGUAUUUACUUUAUAAGAUCUGGUCAAUGUCAGGUGGUGCGAGAAAUGACUCUUGUACGAAGAACGCCUCCGUUAGCAAAAAGAAGGCUCAUUUUACCACCAUUGGAAGCUGAAGGCGAUAACAGCCACAUCUUCAAAAUCAAAAGUUACGAUUACGUUAGAAAGCAUUUCCUCGUUGUUUGCCUCUUUGGUAAAGGGGAUUACUUCGGUGUUGGAGAAGAUUUCACUAAAAUGAGCAUUAUAUCAGUUAAUAAGGUGGAAAUCGUUUUGGUUCCAAGACAUGUAAUGGCUAAACACGAGAAAGGACGUAUAUUAGAGGAGAUGAAGGAUAAACUCAACAAACAACUGCCCUCGAGGAGAGAAGUUUUUCGUAGUUUUGUAGCAGGGGAAAAAUGGCGACAUUACAAGUUGGACAUACGGAAUGAACUGCGGACCAAGAAAUGGCUGUUGAACCCAACAAAAUUACAGGAUGUACCCUAUUCAAUCCAAGAGCAACACUUGUAUUAACAUUUUUUAAAAUUCACUUAAACAAGAAGCGUUUACAAGUUAUAAUCUUAGAUUGAUAAAUCGAAUUAAUCUUUUAAAUAGUAUUUGACAAUACGAGUCAUUUGUGAUAAUUUUCCUCAAUAUGAUUCAAUUUCCAAUACGAUGAAAAUAAAUUUAGUAGAUUAUGUUGA